AUGUUACACAAGUUAAGUAACACAAGGCCACCCCUUUUACACAUUCAACUAUUCAAGUAUCCAGCGUAAACUGUAAAAUACAAUGCCUACCUCCUCCAUAUCAUUGACAAACCCCAAACUCAACAUAUCUUCAGAGGAAUGCAGAGUAUAAACCAGUCAUUACAGCAAAUUUCAGACAGAUUGCAGAAUGUAUGAAGAUCUUAAGAAGACCAUUAAAUACCCACAAUUUUUCUCUCGUCAAAAAAUUUAGCCCCAUUCAACUUGCUUUAAAGAACCUAUUCAACGACUCAUAUAACCUUACCUAUGGCGAUUAUGGCCAUCUUCUUCAAUAUUGUGCCAACCAUCGUCUCAUAUUACAGGGAAAACUACUUCAUGCUCGUAUUGUUCUCUUCAACUUUAGCGUUGAUAAUUUUUUGGGUUCAAAACUCAUCAAUUUUUACGCUAAAACAGGGCACAUUGUUCAUGCACGGAAGGUGUUCGAUGAAAUUCCCCACAGAAAUAUUUGGUCUUAUAAUGCUAUGUUCAUAGCUUAUUCAUGUGAUGAUAAGCCAGUAGAGACAUUGAGGCUGUUUUCUUCUUUUGUAAGAAAUUCAAGUGUUUCAGUGAAACCUGAUAAUUUCACUCUUACUUGUGUCUUGAAGGCGUUGUCGAGCUUGUUUUCGGAUGGAAACUUGGCUAGGGAGAUCCAUUGCUAUGCGUUGCGACGUGGGUUUGAAUUGGAUUUGUUUGUUGUUAACCCUUUGAUCACGUAUUAUGCAAGGUGUAAUGAAUUCGGUAUGGCAAGAAAAGUGUUUGAUUUGAUGAGAAAGAGAGAUUUAGUGUCAUGGAAUUCCAUGAUUUCAGGGUAUUCUCAAGGUGGGUGUUAUGAGGAAAGUUUGAAGCUUUAUAAGUUAUUGUUGGAUGAUAAGAAUUUGAGCCCGGAUGGCGUGACCGUGGCAAGUGUACUACAGGGCUGUGCUCAAAACAGGGAUCUUGUUCAAGGGGUGGAAGUACAUAAAUUCGCGGUAGAGAAAAAUAUUAAAAUUGAUACAUUGGUCUGUAAUUCAAUUAUAGGGAUGUAUGCUAAAUGUGGUAGCUUGGAUUAUGCUAGAGAGUUGUUUGAAAAGAUGAGUGAGAGAGAUGAGGUUACAUAUGGCUGUUUGAUUUCUGGCUAUUUGGCUCACGGUUUUGUGGAGAAAGCAAUGGAUUUAUUCAGGAGGAUGGAAAACCCGAGUUUGAGUACAUGGAACGGCGUGAUUUCUGGUUUGGCACAGAACAAUUUUCAUGAGAUCUCCAUUGAUUUGACGAGGGAAAUGCAGGAUUGGGGUUUCAAACCUAAUUCUGUAACAGUUGCAAGUGUUCUUUCUGCAUUAUCCCACUUUUGCAAUCUAAACGCUGGCAAACAAGUACAUGCCUAUGCUAUUAGAAAUGAUCUCGAGGACAAUAUAUAUGUGGUAACUGGUUUGAUCGAUGUGUAUGGAAAAGCUGGAUUUCUUCGAGGAGCACAGCAUGUAUUUGAUCAAUCAUGGCAUAGGAGUGUAAUGGUUUGGACAGCGAUAAUUGCAGCUCAUGCAACAAAUGGAGAUGCUAAUCAUGCCCUUAACCUUUUUGAUGACAUGUUGAAUCAUGAGACUCAACCUGAUCCUGUUACCCUCACUGCCAUCUUGACUGCUUGCGCAUAUUCAGGUGAUAUAGACAAUGCUUGGAAGAUCCUUGAGGAUAUGCAUGAUAAUUAUGGUAUACAACCAUUAGCAGAGCAUUAUGCAUGCAUUGUUGGGGUUUUGACCCAAGUAGGAAAAGAGUCUGAAGCAGAGAAAUUUAUAUCUAAGAUACCCAUGGUGUCUAGUGCAAAAGCAGUACGUUGUUAAAUGGUGCUUCAGUUCAGGGAAGUCUACUUAUGAUCAACUGCUUGAAGUGCAAUCAAAAAAUUAAGAGUUGUAUUACUGCCCCUGCAAACCUAUCCUAAUCGAAACCACCAUUGUUGAAAAAUGGGAAGCCACGAGUGUAUGAUUUGCUAGUAUAUGCUGUCGCUGCUCCUAAGACUAAAUUCUUAACCUAUCAUUGAAGUAUGCAGUCUAACCAUUACAAUGUCUUUGGUCGGAAGAGUUUAGUGUAAUAGAGUACGGAGUGCUAACUAAAGAAGAUAGUGAGACAGAAAUAUGAUGAGCCCUAAAAUUGUCAUUCCUGAAUAGUUAUAGGGACUCCCAAAACACAAUAUUUUCCUCCAUUGAUGGUUUAAAUUUGCUAUUUUGCUUUGAAACGACAAGUUACUCAACUGGUCAAAACUUUUCGGGAUGAAAAAUAUCCUCAUUUUUGUACUUGUGUCAUUAUGCAAAUAUACGUCUGUUUUUUUUUUCCCAUGUAUCACAAGAAUCAGUAAAAAUGAAUUGACACUCUGUUCACAUUUUUAUGUGGUCUGCAUUUUGAUUUAUUAUUUACAGCACAGACGCCUUCAUCAUUGCCCAUGCUAAUUAAUAAUCUCAAAGACAAACUGCACUCUGAAAGCAACAAUUCAAGAUCUAGACGAAGACAGUGCAAAUGCACAAAGCUUUCAGAAAGCCAACUAAACUGUGUAGCUACCACAUACUUAAGCAUUAGGUUUUGUCUGAUAAAUUACACUUCCAAGACUCAAAUCAGAAGGAAAAAAAAA